AUGUGGGCGCAACAGCGCCUCAAAGGCCAGCAUGAGGAUCUGGGCUUGUUAAGCCGCGCUGAGAAAGGGUAUGGCACUAUGGCUGCGCACCUUCCUCGAGGUGUAAAGCCCGUUGCGGGAGGGCGGCCAGUAGGCGAGACUUGGAUGUCGUCGCUGGACGGUGAUAUCGAGCUCUCUGCGAUCACCAUACCGGGAACCCACGACAGUGCUGCAUUCACGAGCAUGUUUCCAUUCAUCCAAACGCAGACACUCAACAUCAUGCAACAGCUCAAUGCUGGUAUCCGCUACCUUGAUCUGCGGUGCGGACUCCUUGACAACCAAGUUGAGAUGGUCCACGGCGAAGCAAUCCUCGGCCUCAAACUAAGCCUGGUACUAGAUGCUAUGUAUCUAUGGCUCGCGUCGCACCCAAGCGAAGCGCUCAUCGUGCAACUCAAGCAAGACCGGAAGUCAGAGCGCUCGAAUGUACGCUUUGCUCAAGCAAUCUUCAGCUGCCUUGCGCAGAAUCCGCAACGCUGGCGAACCGCGAACACUACGCCAAAGCUCUGCGAGCUGCGUGGUAGGAUUCAACUCUUCCGACGCUUCGCGACUACAUACCCGUGCGCAUACGGCAUAGAUGUGACGCAGUGGAUGGACAAUCCUUCCCAUCCUUUCACCAUCAGCACAAAGCAUGAAGUCCAGGUCACAGUUCAGGACCACUAUAGCUUCCCUGACCCACAACCUCUGCCUUCAGUGAUUGCUACUAAAGGUGGCAAUAUCUCUCAGCUACUGGACCUGCAUACGAGUUCAAUCUUCACCACCAAAUACCGCCUCGUGAGGUUGCAAUAG